AUGGAUGUGGAGGACGCAAAAUUCGAAGAAAAGAAAUCGCCGACACAAUAUAGUAGGCUUAAACGCUUUAAUGUCAUUGAAGUCUGUGGUAUAAAAAAGUUAGUCACAAAUACAGAGCCUUUCAAAUAUUUUUUACCGGCUGAAGAAAUCUACGAUAUAAUUGAUGCAGCACAUAUUUCUAUUGGACACGGUGGUCGCGAUAGACUUAAAAAUGAAACGGCAAAAAAAUACGCUAAUAUUACAAAAGAGAUGAUUACCAUAUAUUUAUCUAUGUGUGAGGUAUGUCAGAGGAAGAAGAGUAAGAAAAAGAGGGGUUUAGUAUCGAAACCCAUUCUGCACACUGAAAUGAACAGCCGCUGCCAAGUAGAUCUUAUUGAUAUGCAGUCGCAAGAAGAUCGCGGGCAUAAGUUCAUUAUGGUAUAUCAGGAUCAUUUGACCAAAUUUGUAAUUCUGCGACCACUGACAUCAAAACGAGCUACAGAAGUUGCAUAUCAAUUGAUGGAUAUUUUUUUGACCUUUGGAGCGCCAUGCAUUUUGCAUUCUGACAAUGGAAGAGAAUUUGUGAAUUCAGUUAUCAAAGAAUUAGCAUCAUAUUGGCCGGAGUUGAAACUUGUUACUGGAAAACCACGUCAUAGUCAAAGCCAAGGAUCCGUGGAAAGGGCUAACCAAGAUGUUGAGAAGAUGCUAGCAUCUUGGAUGCACGACAAUAAAAGUACUAACUGGUCUAACGGUCUCAAAUUUGUUCAAUUCAUGAAAAAUAGAGCAUUUCAUUCAGGGAUAAAGCAGUCUCCGUACCAAGCAAUGUUUGGAACUGAACCUAAAGUGGGACUAACAACAUCAAAGUUUCCUUUAGAGAUUAUAAAUGGAUUGAACAAUAAAGAAGAAUUGCAACUUGCAAUCACAGAGUUAAAUCGAAACUUCAGUGAUAAUGAUAAUGCAGGAAAUCAAGAUGAACAGGAAAAUAAUGACACUGAAGAAGUUGGUGAAGAUGAAGAUGACGAUGACGAUGGAGAAAAUGUAGAACAAGAAACUAUUAAUCAUAACAGUAAGGAAACAAUGAUAUUGGAAGCAAGAGAAAAAGCACAUUGCAAUUUAGCAAAACAAGCAAAAAGAAUGAAAACAGCAAGUGAUGAAUCGCAUCCACCGUUGAAAGUCGGAGACAAUUUGAUCAUACCGAUUCCAGACGUAGACAAAGGAAAGGCAGACCUUCGUAAUGUAAUUGGAGUUGUACUGGAAGUAACUUCAGAACAGUUAUACAAAAUUGGGACUAAGAGUGGAAUUUUGAACAAAUUAUACUGUAGGUCAGAAUUCGACGGGUGUGAAGAAAAGUUUCUCCGACAACAUGAGGUGCCGAACGUGACAAUUGCAUUACGAACUGCUGCAAAGAACGUCGCUACUGGAACAGGACAAGGUUAUGCACGAUGUGUAUGUUCUUCAGGCUGCAAAAACAACAGAUGUUUCUGCAAGAAAAAGGGGUUGCUGUGCCGAAAAAAAAAGGAACGACGCAAACUAAGUAGAGAAAAACAACUAGAAAAGAAGAGGAUAGCAGAACGUAUUAGAAAAGCAAAAAUAGCAAGCAACCCAGCACUUUAUGAGAAAUAUAAAGAAAAAGACAGACAACGUUACCACAAUAAGAAAGCGGCCGACUGUCCAACGCCGCAGUAUAUCAAGUCGAAACGAGGGAAGCGUUUGAUACUGUUCAAGGGCUACACUUAUUUCGAGUACCAAAACAGUCGAGGACUGAAACGCCGAUGGAUAUGUUCCACGCACUACCCUAAGGGAUGUAGGGCUACUAUAACCAUGAUAGACGAUGAGGUCAUAGCGAUAAAUGAUAGUCACAAUCAUGAUCCACCAGUGAAAACGUACUAA